AAAAAAAAUGAACGGUGUCGAUAAAAAAAUAAAAAAGCCCUAAAUCGUUGAAUCGCAUACAAGCUCCUAUCUUCUCCAGCGUCGGAUCAGAUCAGAUCAAAUCUCUCUCUCCAUCUCCGUCUCCUCCUCCAAUCAUCAUUUCUCUCUCCGUCUCCCGCUCUUUUUCGAAUUCUCCUUCUUCUUCAGGUAUUCUAAUCACUUCUUCGCGCUUUCUGGGUUUGGUUCCUCGAUUCUCCCGAUUUCCCAAUCUCUACCUGAUUAUCUAGGGUUUCUGAGAUGGCCGAAUCGCAAACCGGUGGUGGUGGUGGUGGAAGCCAUGAGAGUGGCGGUGAUCAGAGCCCGAGGUCUUUGAAUGUUCGUGAGCAGGACAGGUUUCUUCCGAUUGCUAACAUAAGCCGUAUCAUGAAGAGAGGUUUACCUCUAAAUGGCAAAAUCGCUAAAGAUGCUAAAGAGACUAUGCAGGAAUGUGUCUCUGAAUUCAUCAGCUUCGUCACCAGCGAGGCUAGUGAUAAGUGCCAAAGAGAGAAAAGGAAGACCAUCAAUGGAGAUGAUUUGCUUUGGGCUAUGGCCACUUUAGGAUUCGAAGAUUACAUCGAUCCCCUCAAGGUUUACCUGAUGCGAUAUAGAGAGGUAUGUUCCACUUCAGAUUAGUCAGUUUACAUUCUGCUAUACAUUCACUGACUCUCUGUUUUUCCUUCUCAUUUCCUUGUCUAUGCUAUUUGGAUUGGAAUUUUGCAGAUGGAGGUUCGUGGUUCUCCUCUUUCAUUUAUCUUUCUGAUAGUCGAAUUUUGUACGUGGAUCCUUUUAUGGGGUAUAUGGUGUAUGAUUGUAUCUAAUUAGGAUUGUCUGCUACCCUUUGCUAUUGUUAUCUGUCUGAUAGGGUGACACUAAAGGAUCAGGAAAAGGCGGGGAAUCGAGUGCAAAGAGAGAUGGUCAACCAAGCCAAGUGUCUCAGUUCUCGCAGGUUCCUCAACAAGGCUCAUUCUCACAGGGUCCUUAUGGAAACUCUCAAGGUUCGAAUAUGAUGGUUCAAAUGCCGGGCACAGAGUAGUACUAGGACACUAUUCAUCACAAUCUUCCGAGACUCGACUAUGCCUGUUGUGUCUGAGAAUCUGAGUGAUCCACUUUCCAUAGAUAUGGAUUGUGGUAUCUCAGUUUUUGGGAGAGAGAAGAUUUGUAUAUGAUUGUGUUGUAGGGAGAAGAGUUUGGUUUGCUUAUGAUAAGAAUUGAAAAGCACCUUUUUUUUCUUUUGACUGUUAUGUUUCUUAGGUUUUGGUCUUAAGCAGAAGCUAUUUAUCACCACUUCAUUGGCCUGUUGAUUCUUUCAUGCAAGUGAGCCCGUAACUUUUAUAAAACAACAUCAUGAUUUAUAAUUAUCUCUUUGAUUUUUUGG